AUGAAUAUCCUUUUACAGGAUCCUUUUGCUGUUCUUAAAGAACAUCCUGAGAAGCUUACGCAUACAAUUGAGAACCCUUUACGUACUGAAUGUCUUCAGUUCAGUCCUUGUGGUGACUAUCUGGCCCUAGGCUGUGCCAGUGGAGCACUUCUUAUUUAUGACAUGGACACACUUCGACCUAUCUGUGUUCCAGGGAAUAUGUUAGGAGCUCAUGUCAGAACCAUUACUUCUAUCUCAUGGUCUCCAGAUGGCAGGUUUCUGCUUACUAGUUCUAGAGAUUGGUCAAUAAAACUUUGGGAUCUCUCGGCACCGAGUAAGCCGUUGAAAGAAAUAUGUUUUGAUUCUCCAAUAUGGGGUUGCCAGUGGCUGGACGCUAGGAAGUGGCUUUGCGUUGCUACAGUAUUUGAGGAAUCUGACGCAUAUGUUAUAGAUUUCAGUAACGAUCCAGUGGCCAGCCUUCUCAGAAAUCCUGAUAAGAGAACAUUGAGCUCAACAUCUGAUCAUGGAUAUGUCCUUGUAUGUACGGUGCAUACCAAACACCCAAGUGUCAUUAUCGCCGGAACAUCGAAAGGUUGGCUAGACUUUUAUAAGUUCCAUUCUCUAUCUCAGUCGGAAUGUAUUUAUUCCCUUAAAAUUACGAGUUCGAAUAUUAAGCACGUAGUAAUUUCGCAGGAUGGUGGAAGACUGGCUAUUAACUCUUCGGAUAGGACAAUACGACAAUACGAGAUACGUAUUGAUGACAAAAGCUUUACCGUUGAAUUAAACUUGGAGCACAAAUACCAGGAUGUGAUAAAUAAAUUGCAGUGGAACUGUAUACUUUUCAGUAACAACACAGCUGAAUAUUUGGUCGCUUCUACCCACGGUUCUUCUGCUCAUGAACUAUACAUUUGGGAAACGACAAGUGGGACGUUGGUAAGAGUUCUGGAAGGUGCAGAAGAGGAGUUGAUAGAUAUCAACUGGGACUUCUAUAGCAUGAGUAUCGUGAGUAAUGGCUUUGAAUCUGGGAAUGUGUAUGUGUGGUCGGUUGUUGUGCCACCGAAAUGGAGUGCUUUGGCGCCAGAUUUUGAAGAAGUUGAGGAAAAUGUCGACUAUUUGGAGAAGGAAGACGAGUUUGAUGAGGUCGAUGAAACGGAGCAGCAGCAAGGGAUAGAACAAGAGGAAGAGAUAGCUAUCGAUCUUCGAACAAGAGAGCAGUAUGAUGUCAGAGGGAAUAACUUACUUGUGGAACGAUUCACAAUUCCCACCGAUUAUACAAGGAUCAUCAAGAUGCAAUCAUCAUCAAUUUAA